AUGAUCUACCUAUCCGCUCGUGCGGCCCGCAUCGGGGCCAACCGUCACCCAUUGCCACUGCGUUCGUUCUCGAUUGCCGUGCCGGCCCGGAAGGAGGGGGACCUCGGGUCACCCAAGCCACGAGGAUUCCUUGCUGAGAAAGACGCCUUCAGCCGCCGAGAAGCCGCACAAGAGGCCAUGUACAUCCGCGCACACGAGGCAGAGAGAUUGAAGCACCUACAAAGCCAGUUGAAGGAACAACGACGACAUCUGGACGCGAUGGAGGAGCAUAUUAAGGAAGUUACCCGCUCGCAGGGUGGGGAGCUGAACUAG